UCGCUCCAAGGCAAGACACAUACACAACACCCAUACACUUCGAAGUGGUUUCGGUGGCCGGCUCGGCUGGGCAGGUCAGGUCGAGGAUGUCAGGUCUUCACCUGGGAAAGAGGAGAGAUGAGAGACGGCUGGAGCUGUCCAGGGAUUUCACUGUCGCCUCGCCCGCCGAGUUUGUCACUCGGUUUGGGGGAACGCGGGUCAUUGAAAAGGUGCUCAUUGCUAACAAUGGCAUUGCAGCGGUUAAAUGCAUGCGGUCCAUCCGCCGAUGGUCAUACGAAAUGUUUCGGAACGAGAGGGCGAUUCGGUUUGUGGUGAUGGUGACUCCCGAGGACCUGAAGGCUAAUGCAGAGUACAUCAAAAUGGCGGACCAGUACGUGCCAGUCUCUGGGGGAUCCAACAAUAACAACUACGCCAAUGUGGAGCUGAUCGUGGACAUUGCAAAGAGAAUCCCAGUGCAGGCGGUGUGGGCUGGCUGGGGACAUGCCUCGGAGAAUCCCAAACUCCCGGAGCUUCUGCAGCUGCACGGUGUGGCAUUUCUAGGUCCUUCCAGUCAGGCUAUGUGGGCAUUGGGUGAUAAGAUAGCCUCCUCCAUCGUAGCUCAGACUGCUGGGAUCCCAACAUUACCUUGGAGUGGAAGCGGUUUGACUGUGGAAUGGUCGAAGGAAGAUGAGAUGCUGCGGAGGAUGGUUCAUGUGCCAUUGGACGUGUACAGGGAUGGCUGUGUGGGAGAUGUCAAUGAGGGCCUGGAGGCUGCAGAGAAGAUUGGCUAUCCAGUGAUGGUGAAGGCAUCCGAAGGCGGUGGAGGUAAAGGAAUUCGAAAGGUCAACAGUGCAGAUGAUUUCCCCAACCUGUUCAGACAAGUCCAGGCUGAGGUGCCCAGCUCCCCAAUAUUCAUCAUGCAGAUGGCUCAGAAUGCCCGGCACCUGGAGGUACAGAUCCUGGCGGAUCAAUACGGCAAUGCCAUCUCCCUGUUCGGCCGUGACUGCUCCAUCCAACGCCGGCACCAGAAGAUCAUUGAAGAAGCGCCAGCCAGCAUAGCCAACCAGGCCGUGCUGGAGUACAUGGAACAGUGUGCGGUGAGAAUUGCCAAAAUGGUGGGCUACGUGAGUGCGGGGACGGUGGAAUACCUCUACAGCCCAGAUGGUAGCUUCCACUUCCUGGAACUGAACCCACGCCUGCAAGUGGAACAUCCCUGCACUGAGAUGAUAGCUGACGUCAAUCUGCCCGCUGCCCAACUUCAGAUUGCCAUGGGGAUUCCCUUACACAGGAUUAAGGAUAUCCGGGUUCUGUACGGAGCACCUCCUUGGGGCGACUCGCAAAUCAACCUGGAAACGCCAGCUAACAACCCGAGCCCCAGGGGUCAUGUCAUCGCUGCCCGCAUCACCAGUGAAAACCCAGAAGAGGGAUUUAAGCCAAGCUCAGGAACUGUCCAGGAGCUGAAUUUCCGCAGCAACAAAAAUGUCUGGGGCUACUUCAGCGUGGCUGCCGCAGGAGGGCUCCAUGAGUUUGCUGAUUCCCAGUUUGGCCACUGCUUCUCCUGGGGAGAGAACCGCGAGGAAGCCAUCUCGAACAUGGUCCUGGCCCUGAAGGAGCUAUCAAUCCGCGGGGACUUUAGGACAACAGUCGAGUACUUGAUCAAGCUGCUGGAAACCGAGAGCUUCCAAUGCAAUGAGAUAGACACCGGCUGGCUUGAUGAACUCAUCGCCGACAAAAUCCAGGCUGAGAAGCCGGACACUAUGCUCGGCGUGGUCUGUGGUGCAUUACACGUGGCGGAUUCAAUCUUUCAGACCAGUAUGGCCGACUUCUUACACUCUCUCGAGAGAGGACAGGUGCUCCCAGCCCACAGUCUGUUAAACACAGGGAACGUGGAGCUCAUCUAUGAAGGAAUUAAAUAUUCUAUGCAGGUGACUCGCCAGUUGCUGACGACCUACAUUGUUAUUCUGAACGGCUCUCACGUCGAGGUUGACCUUCACCGGCUGAGCGAUGGUGGUCUCCUGUUGUCCUAUGACGGUAGCAGUUACACCACGUACAUGAAGGAGGAGAUCGACAAGUACCUGAUAACAGUUGGUAACAAGACCUGUGUGUUUGACAAGGAGAAAGACCCCUCGGUGCUGAGGGCCCCCUCUACUGGUAAACUUCUGCAGUACCUCGUCGAAGAUGGAGGUCAUGUCUUUGCAGGACAGUGCUACGCGGAGAUCGAGGUCAUGAAGAUGGUUAUGGUGCUGACUGUAGAGGAGGCAGGGUGUGUGCAUUUCAUCAAGAGACCGGGAGCUUGUCUGGACCAAGGCUGUAUUGUGGCCAGGCUGGAGUUGGAUGAUCCUAAGAACCUUCAUCCAGCCCAGCUCUACAAAGGAUUCUUCAAGCCACAGCAGACGCUGCCAAUCGCUGGGGAGAAACUGCAUCAGGUGUUUCAGUGUCUGGAGAACCUGGUCAAUGUCAUGAAUGGUUACUGCCUGCCCGAGCCAUACUUCAGCAUCAAGGUUAAGGUGUGGAUCACAAAGCUAAUGGAGACUCUUCGAGACGCCUCGUUGCCUCUUCUCGAGUUGCAAGACAUUAUGACCAGCAUCUCAGGCAGAAUCCCCGCUAGCGUGGAGAAAGCCAUUCGCAAAGUGGUGGCUCAGUACGCCAGCAACAUCACCUCAGUGCUCUGCCAGUUCCCCAGCCAGCAGAUUGCAAACAUCCUCGACAGCCACGCAGCCACCCUGCAGCGCAAGGCUGACCGCGAAGUCUUCUUCAUGAACACGCAGAGCAUUGUUCAGCUGGUGCAGCGUUACCGCAGUGGGAUUCGUGGGCACUUGAAGUCGGUUGUCCUCGACCUGCUGAGGAGAUACUUGUGCGUGGAAACUCAGUUCCAGCAAGCGCAUUACGACAAGUGUGUGAUCAACAUGAGAGAGCAGAACAAACCCGACAUGACACCCGUCCUGGAGUGUAUCUUCUCCCACGCCCAGGUCGCCAAGAAGAACCACCUGGUUAUCAUGCUGAUCGAUCAGCUUUGUUCCCGGGAUCCCACACUGACAGAUGAACUGAUGCUGAUCCUAACAGACCUGACACAGCUCAGCAGAACAGAGAACUCCAAGGUGGCUCUUCGAGCUAGACAGGUGCUGAUUGCGUCGCACUUGCCAUCCUACGAGUUGCGGCACAACCAAGUGGAGUCCAUCUUCCUCUCCGCCAUUGACGAGUAUGGACACCAGUUCUGCCCAGAGAACCUGAAGAAACUAAUCCUCUCGGAGACCUCCAUCUUUGACGUCCUGCCCAAUUUCUUCUACCAUAGCAAUCAGGUGGUGCAGAAGGCAGCGCUCGAGGUGUACGUGAGACGGGCUUAUAUAGCUUACGAGCUGAACAGCGUACAGCACAACCAACUGCGUGACGGCACUUGUGUGGUGGAAUUCAAGUUUACACUCCCUUCAUCUCAUCCCAACAGAGAAGACAACCCUACCCUAGGAAGGAUGAGCAUUCCAACCAGCACAGAUCGCUAUGAGUUGAAUCGGAAAAGCAGUGACCCCUUCGCCAGUGGCGUGCAGUCAACUUCGUGCCAGCGAAUGGGAAUCAUGUUUGCUUUUGAUGCUUUUGAAGACCUAAUGAAGUACUUUGACGAGGUGAUUUCUUCCUUCACUGAUAACCUGAAUUGUCUGGAUAAUCCCCUGCUCUCCGAGCCAAGAUCCCCUUUCUUUGAUGAUGAGGAGAAUAAGUGCGUGAAGGGCGAGCCUGCAUAUAUUCUGAAUGUUGCCAUGAGAGAGACGGACUGUGUGCAGGAUGAUGAGUUGGUGCAGGUGUUCAGCAGAUUCAUUCAAUCAAAGAAAGCCGUUCUCUUUGACAACUCAAUCAGAAGAAUCACCUUUUUAGUAGCGCAAAAGAGAGAAUUCCCCAAGUUCUUCACCUUCAGAGCAGUCGCUGAGUUUGCAGAGGAUCGGAUUUACCGGCACUUGGACCCGGCGCUGGCCUUCCAGCUGGAACUCAACCGCAUGAGGAACUUCGACCUGAAAGCCAUGCCCUGUGGCAACCACAAGAUGCACCUGUACCUGGGGGCCGCCAAGGUGGAGAAGGGGGCAGAGGUCACUGACUACAGGUUCUUUGUUCGAGCCAUCAUCCGGCAUCCGGACCUCAUCACUAAGGAAGCUUCCUUCGAGUACCUGCAGAACGAGGGGGAAAGACUGUUGCUGGAGGCUAUGGACGAGCUGGAGGUGGUGUUUAACAACCAGACCGUCCGCACUGACUGUAACCACAUCUUCCUCAACUUUGUGCCAACCGUCAUCAUGGAUCCGUCCAAGAUUGAAACAUCUGUGCGGAGCAUGGUGAUGAGGUACGGGAGCAGGCUGUGGAAACUCCGUGUCCUGCAGGCGGAGCUCAAGAUAAAUAUCCGCCUGACUCCCACUGGGAAAGCCAUCCCAAUCCGGCUGUUCCUCGCCAACGAAUCUGGAUAUUACCUGGACAUCAGCCUGUACAAGGAAGUGACUGAUCCCGGAACUGGUCAGAUAAUGUUCCACUCGUAUGGAGAUAAGCAAGGACUUCUCCACGGCAUGUUGAUCAGCAGCCCGUACGUCACCAAAGACCUGCUCCAGGCCAAGCGAUUCCAGGCACAGACCCUGGGCACAACCUACGUUUACGAUAUCCCUGAAAUGUUUCACCAGGCUCUCUUCAAGCUGUGGGGCAGUGACAACGACUAUCCCAAGGAGCCCCUCCUCUACACAGAGCUAGUUCUGGACUCUCAGGGGCUGUUGGUGCACAUGAACAGGCUGCCCGCAAGUAAUGAGGUAGGGAUAGUGGCCUGGAAAAUGAAUCUCAAGACUCCCGAGUAUCCAGCUGGACGUGACAUUGUGGUCAUCUGCAACGACCUGACCUAUAAGAUUGGUUCCUUUGGCCCAGAAGAGGAUCUGCUGUUCCUGAGAGCGUCCGAGCUGGCGAGAGCCAAGCGCAUCCCUCGAGUUUACAUCGCAGCAAACAGCGGAGCCAGGAUCGGCCUAGCGGAGGAGAUACGCCACAUGUUCCAGGUCGCCUGGGAGGAUCCUGAAGAUCCGUAUAAAGGAUUCAAGUAUCUGUACCUAACACCUCAGGACUACACGAAGAUCAGUCCUUUUAACUCUGUGCACUGCGAGCACGUGGAGGAGAACGGAGAGUCCAGGUACGUGAUCACGGACAUUAUCGGCAACGAGGAAGGUCUGGGAGUGGAAAACCUUCGGGGGUCUGGGACCAUCGCAGGAGAAACGUCGCUCGCUUAUAACGAAAUCAUCACCAUCAGUCUGGUGACUUGCCGUGCGAUCGGGAUCGGUUCGUACCUGGUGAGGCUGGGGCAGCGGGUGAUCCAGGUGGAGAACUCCCACAUCAUCCUGACCGGAGCUGGGGCCCUCAACAAGGUGCUUGGCCGUGAAGUCUACUCGUCCAACAGUCAACUGGGAGGCGUCCAGAUCAUGCACAACAACGGUGUCUCGCACGCCACCGUCCCUGAUGACUUUGAGGGGGUUUUCACUAUCUUACAAUGGCUCUCCUACAUGCCUAAGGACAGUCGGGCUUCGCUUCCUGUCAUCACCCCGAAGGACUCCCCUGAGAGAGAGAUUGACUUUGUCCCCACAAAAGCUCCUUACGACCCGCGGUGGAUGCUGGCUGGCAGACCUCACCCCACUGUCAAAGGCGAGUGGCAAAGUGGCUUCUUUGACCACGGAUCCUUUAUGGAGAUCAUGAAACCCUGGGCACAGACUGUGGUGGUCGGCAGAGCCAGGCUCGGUGGGAUUCCCCUCGGAGUUAUUGCAGUUGAGACCCGGACGGUUGAGCUGACGAUCCCCGCUGAUCCAGCCGAUCUCGAUUCAGAAUUAAAAAUCAUCCAGCAGGCUGGCCAGGUGUGGUUCCCAGACUCGGCGUUUAAAACGGCUCAGGCCAUCAGAGACUUCAACCGGGAACAUCUUCCCCUCAUGGUGUUUGCCAACUGGCGAGGAUUUUCAGGUGGAAUGAAAGACAUGUACGAUCAGGUGCUGAAGUUCGGGGCCCUCAUUGUGGACGGCCUGAGGGAGUUCCGGCAGCCGGUACUGGUCUACAUCCCCCCUCAGGCUGAGCUGCGCGGGGGCUCCUGGGUGGUGAUCGACCCCACCAUCAACCCCCUUUACAUGGAGAUGUACGCGGAUCGGGAGAGCAGGGGAGGUGUGCUGGAGCCCGAAGGCACGGUGGAAAUCAAGUUCAGGCGGAAGGACUUGGUGAAGACUAUGAAGAGGAUUGACGCCAUCUAUUUGGGGCUCAGCGAGCAGUUGGGUUCCCCAGAGCUGGCCGAGGAGAGGCGCAGGGAGUUGGAGGCCAGGCUGAAGGCCCGAGAGGAGUUCCUGCUCCCCAUUUACCACCAGGUCGCCGUUCAGUUUGCCGAUCUGCACGACACCCCAGGACGGAUGCAGGAGAAGGGAGUCAUUACAGACAUCCUGGAGUGGAGGACCGCCCGCACCUUCUUCUUCUGGCGCCUGCGCCGCCUCCUGCUGGAGGAGGUGGUGAAGCGCGAGAUCUUGGCGGCCAACCCCGACCUGAGCAACGGACACAUUGAGUCUAUGCUGCGCCGCUGGUUCGUGGAGACCGAGGGCACCGUCAAGGCCUACCUGUGGGACAGUAACCUGCAGGUGGUGGAGUGGCUGGAGAAACACCUGGGGGAGGAGGACGACACUCGAUCUGUCAUACGGGAGAACAUCAAGUACCUCAAGAGGGAUUACGCACUCAAACACAUCCGCAGCCUGGUUCAGGAAAACCCCGAGGUGGGGAUGGACAGUAUUAUCCACAUGUCGCAACAGAUCACCCCCGCUCAGAGAGCACAGAUCAUCCACCUGCUCACAACCAUGGACGGUUCAGGCUCCAGCUGAGCAAAGGCACACAGUGAGCGCUGGAGCCUUUAAUCUCGGAGUCUCAGCGGGCGUGCGGCCAACACAGCGGAGAGCGGGAAGAACACAAAUUGGAAUUUUCAGGAAUAGAGAGAGAGAGAGAGAGAGACCCAGCCCUUGUGUGAACACCUUCUCAUCCACUUACUGCUAGGUAAACAGAGGCGUGUGGAGAAAGGAAACUUGCCUAACAUUUUGCUCUGCCUGGGAAUUGAGCCUGGGUCCUCACUCUUGCGAGGUGAGCGCUCUAAACCACUUACACUACAGGACUCCAGCAUAGAGGUAGGUUUAAGCCCAUUGCAACUAAGCUGUCUUUGAGAUGAGGCAUUGAAACCAAAGUCCCAUCUGUUUAUUCAGUGAACGUUAACAGAUCGCGAUUCUAUUCAAAAAGAGAAGGGAGUUUCUCCUGAUGUAUGUAUGUGUGUGUGUGUGAGUGCGUAUGAGCCAAUGUUCGAGCGUUUACAAAGACUGGUCCCAUUUGCACAAAUAUGUCUUCAGGUUAAACGGAAGUGAGUGUUGCCACAAAAUGCAAGUGUAUUGGAGUUUGAAGUGAUCCGGUAUGUCUGGUACAUUUAAUUCAUGUUUUUUUUUCUUUUUUAAGAGAAAAUAUAUCUGUAUAAAUAUGUAUACUUGAAAGCGCCUGGAAUUUAAAUUUUUUGGGAAUUCCGUGACUGAACAAUUAUAUUCGAUGAAUUAAAGAUUAAAAAAUAUAUAUCGA